CAAUGCACCCCUUUCUACUGUCAAGCACUGCUGUCAAGUAUAAGACAAGAAAAGAGGUGGACGUCAUCUCAAUUUACGAAAAAUAUAUUAUUAUUUUACAUAUAUUGUAUUAUAUAAAAUGUGAUUUUACAUUGAUUAAACAAAAUCGGAAACAAAAUUCAUUUUAUAGACGCUGUAUGUUUUUUCUAUUUAUAUUAUAGCAAAAGUGUAGUGAAGGUGACGCUUAACUAUUGUGUCGGUGAUGUAAUUUAGCUUGGGUGGCUUCUUAGUUCUAGGCGUUACAAUGGAAGAAUCGUCAUUUACUAUUCCAGCUGAAGACAACGGUGAUACUGAGCUCGAUCCUAGAAUACAGGUGGAAUUGGAAAAAUUAAAUGCGGCUACAGAUGAGAUAAACAAAUUGGAGUUGGAGCUUGAUGAAUCAGUGAAAACAUUUCACCUGCUUUUAAAUGAGACAUCACGCCGGCUACAAGGGUUGACCAAACGUCUAGGAACCUGUGUGGACAAAUCGCGGCCCUACUACGAUGCUGUUGCAGCUGCUGCUAACGCUCGCGCUGAGUGUCAACGGGGCGCUGUGCAGUUUCAGCGAGCAAGUGAAUUGCACGCUGCCGCGAAGGAAACAGUCACGUUAGCUGAACAGCGCUUUGUAAGCAAACAAGACGAGUGGCAGUUUGAUAGCAACUGGCAGGAAGUGCUGAACCAUGCCAUCAUCAAGGUUAUGGAUGCUGAAAAGAGGAAAGCGGAAAGUGGUCGCGAACAUCAGAAAAAAGCUGCUGCCUACAUCGCCGCCGAAAGAAAGGUGACACAACUAGAAGAUAAUCUAAAACGAAACAUUUUAAAAUCGAGAAUUUACUUCGAUGAAAAGAAACUGUGCGACGAACAACUGCAGAUGCAAAAUGAAAAAAUUGAGAAGCUUCAACGUAUGAUUGCCGACGCCAAAUACCGCUACUCGAAAUCUCUCAAAGCUUUAGAGGAAAUAUCAGAAGAGAUUCACAAGCGCAGAGGUGAUUAUCCACCUGGCAAAGAUUUUAUACCGGUAGGACCAAGAGAACCGGGAGUCGGAGCAGAAAAAGACCCAGUAAACGACGAAACCUUACUUGAAAUGGAUAAAGACGAAGAUAAAAGUUUACAGGAACUCAGAAUGCGUGUCAGGGAACUAGCAGCGAAACCUAUAGACAGAGACAUAGAAACAGACGAUGCAUGGGCCCAUGAGUUAAAUGAAACUAUCAACAAACUGGACCAACUCCUCAUGAUGAAAGAGAAUAACCAACAAAAGAAAUCGAAGUUAACCUUACCUAAAAACGCUAGCGCUCCAUCGACAAGUACGAAUGCGCCAAAAACAAAUAUUUCAAGAAUGAAGUCUAGAAGCCGCGAAGCAAUUUAUGAUAUUCCUGGCCCUCUUACCAGUGAUAAAUCUAAAAGUAUGAUGUCUUUAGACGUCCUGGCCUUGGCGCGUGAUGCAUCCAUAAUGGAUAGAGAAUCGUAUCUCAAAGCGGUUAUCGAAGAUAAAUCUCCUACUGGGACGUACACUGAGAGUAAUUCUGAUAGAAAUGACAGUCCUGAUGAUAUUUUGAUGGUGGAGUGCGACUCCAGUGACUCCACUCAAAAUCCAGUAAUCAGAAUGACCAGUUCCACUGUAACUGAUAGUGAUAAUAGUUAAAUACUCGAAUAUGGGAAAAUUUUAAUCUCCUGCACUGUAGUUAAUUUUUAAAUAAAUUUUAAAAUCUC